AAAGCCCUCCCCGGUGAACCCGGAGCCGAGGACCUCAUUCUACGCAAAAUUGAAUUAUCACCGACCUCUCCUCCUACCGUUCUACCCCGCCGAAAUUAUCAACCACCCGGCAUCUCUGUUCCGUGACAGAACAAGAUCCCAUUGAUCUCCGAUUUGCGGGUUUGCAGCGUUCGAAGGAUCUGAUCCUCCCGCAGUGCGCUUCCUCUUUCAGGAAUCAUGCUUUCGAACCACUUCCAAAACGGGAUUGAGACGGCGAAGCUUGCCUGGUCGCGUCUGCCGAGCUCCGAUGACGCGGAGACGGAGGGGCACGAAAGGAUAAUGAAUGACAUCGGAGGUGCGGAGAGCCUUGAUUACGAAGUCAUCGAGAAUUACGCUUACAGGGAGGCGCAGGCAAAGAGGAGCAAGUUGUUCAAUUGGUACUAUGCAAUGCUGAAAUGGCUGAUCGCCUUGUUAAUUGGCGUCGGGACUGCAUUAGCUGCAGUGUUUAUUAAUCUAGCUGUUGAGAACUUCUCUGGCUGGAAAUAUGCCGUGACUUUCUCUAUUAUACAGCAUUCCUACAUUUUGGGUUUCUUGGUAUAUGCUAUAUUCAACGUCGCUCUAGUUUUUACCUCUGUAUUUAUCGUGACUCAAUUUGCUCCAGCAGCAGCAGGAUCUGGUAUCCCAGAGAUUAAGGGUUACCUAAACGGAGUUGAUACACAUGGAAUUCUUCUCUUUAGAACUUUGAUUGGAAAGAUAUUUGGAAGCAUUGGCUCAGUUGGAGGAGGGCUUGCACUGGGCAAAGAAGGUCCACUUGUUCACACUGGUGCCUGUAUUGCUUCUCUUCUUGGUCAAGGCGGGUCUACAAAAUAUCAUUUCAGUUCAUCAUGGCUACGCCCAUUUGAGAGUGAUCGAGAAAGGCGUGAUCUCGUGACCUGUGGAUGUGCAGCUGGGGUUGCUGCUGCUUUUAGAGCUCCAGUUGGCGGCGUGCUCUUUGCUUUAGAAGAAGUAACAUCUUGGUGGCGGAGCCAGCUUAUGUGGAGAGUGUUUUUUACAUCUGCUAUCGUGGCUGUUGUGGUAAGAACUGCAAUGGCCUGGUGUAAGAGUGGAAAGUGUGGCCAUUUUGGGUCUGGUGGCUUUAUCAUCUGGGAUAUAUCUGGUGGUCAAGAAGAUUAUUCAUUUCAGGAGUUACUGCCCAUGGCUAUAAUCGGCAUUAUUGGAGGCCUUUUGGGGGCUCUGUUCAAUCAGCUCACUCUGUAUAUAUCUAGCUGGCGCAGAAACUGUCUACAUAAAAAGGGGAAUAAGAUCAGGAUAAUUGAAGUUUUACUUAUAUCUCUUAUGACAUCAGUAAUUUCUUUUGGUUUACCACUUCUAAGGAAAUGCAGCCCAUGCCCUAAUUCAGAAACCAAUCCUGAUAUUGAAUGUCCUCGCCCACCUGGAAUUGAUGGAAAUUUCGUAAAUUUUUUCUGCAGCACAAACAAAGAAUACAAUGAUCUUGCAACCAUUUUUUUCAAUACCCAGGAUGAUGCAAUUCGAAAUUUAUUUAGUGCAAAAACAUUUCACGAGUAUAGUGCCCAAAGCCUUCUUACCUUUUUGGUUAUGUUUUAUUCUUUGGCUGUGGUGACAUUUGGAGCUGCUGUUCCUGCUGGCCAGUUUGUUCCUGGAAUAAUGAUUGGUUCAACUUAUGGACGGCUUGUGGGGAUUUUUGUGGUUAAAUAUUACAUGAAACUAAAUGUCGAUGAAGGAACUUAUGCACUGCUUGGCGCAGCUUCAUUUCUUGGAGGGUCUAUGAGAAUGACGGUGUCCUUGUGUGUUAUUAUGGUUGAGAUCACAAACAACUUAAAACUUCUUCCUCUAAUCAUGCUCGUUCUUCUUAUAUCCAAGGCUGUCGGUGAUUUUUUCAAUGAAGGAUUGUAUGAGGAGCAGGCUCGCUUGAGGGGCAUCCCUUUGCUUGAAUCUAGGCCUAAACAGCUUAUGCGAAAUAUGAUAGCACAGGAGGCUUGCAAGAAUCAACAAGUUAUAUCCUUUCAUCGCAUUGUUAAAGUUUCCGAAAUAUUAUAUGUUUUAAGAAGCAACAAGCACAAUGGCUUUCCGGUGGUAAGUCAUGGACGGAAUGGGGAAGAACUUGUAAUCGGCCUUAUGCUUCGUAGCCACUUAUUGGUACUUCUACAUUCAAAGAUAGAUUUCCAGAGCAGCCCUUUUCCUUGUGAUCCUAGUGGUGUAACAAGCAGGCACAUCUGGACCGAUUUUGUGAAACCUAUUUCUAGCAAGGGAAUGACCAUUGAUGACAUCCAUCUCACGGAGGAUGAGAAGGAAAUGUAUCUAGAUCUUGCCCCCUUCCUAAAUCCUUGCCCAUAUAUAGUACCAGAGGACAUGUCUUUGGCGAAGGUGUACAAUCUUUUUCGACAAUUGGGACUGAGGCACAUCUUUGUUGUACCACGCCCUUCUCGAGUCAUUGGUUUGAUCACCAGGAAGGAUUUGUUAUUUGAGGAGAAUGAUAAUUCAGCUGCCAUGGAACUUCAAACCACCAGUGUAAGAGCUACAGCGGCUAAUAGAAGUUCAGGUGGUCCGCACGAACAUCUGCAACACCCUCUUCUAGAUAGUCAUCUGAUACAAAGGUAGAUAACAGGCAUCAAGUUCAUUAUAUUCUUGAAGGUGAAAAUAAGAGGAUUUAAAGCAACCAAUAUGUAAAAAAUUGCAGCAGAGGUACAGAAACUUGAAAAUUACAGUACUAACAUGUUUUUGUUUUCCUGUGUAUUUUUUUUAGAAUAUUUAAUUAUUAAAACCCUUA